UGAAUGUCCAUUUGAACUUUAUUCCACUUACACAAGCAAAUGUUAAUCUUCUUUAAGGAGACAUAAGACAUAAAGAAAGAGUGUGAUCACAACUAAGAUUAAGAAAACCCUCUUCACUGCACACAUCUGAUGCAAGUAAUUCCUGAGAUUCAACCGAUAGCUCAAUCAAAACAAUCAAACAUGGUCCAGGUGUUAGUCAGUUUCAUUCUGCAGACUGUACUGCACGGCUGCACACUGGAGCACUAAGAGACAUCAUGAAGGGGGUCGAUGUCAGUGGUUCUGCUCUUAAAGGCUCACUUUCUUCAGUGUCUUGUGGUCUGCGUCAACUUAAUCUUCUGUCUUGUACAGAUUUUACACCACUCUUGGGUCACAUAAUAGGUGCCAUGGUCGGCUCCAACAGCACUGAAAGGUUUUUAGGACCAAAGCUCUUUUAAUAAAUACAAAAGGGCCCCGCAAACAAGUUCCUCCAGUCCUCAAACCCAGAUUCCAAACAACUCAGAUUACCAACAAGUGUUCGAUCAAUGUUUUACACAGGGUCACAGCUGCUUUGGAAUCAGUCUUGCUGAAACAUCACUGGCCACACCCCUCUUCUUCUACCUCAGAGGGUGUGGAGGAGGAUGUACGAGGAUGUACAUAAAAAGAGAGGCGGAGAGAGGUGAAGGACAACGGACGAAUCGGUCCAACAGAGUCAUCAGAGCCUUCGGAACAGCAACCUUCAUCCUCCUCAUCCUCCGUCAGACCUCCAGAGGCUCCCUGUCAGCUGACUGGCCUCCUCCGACAUGCUCCGCCCUCUGCUCUACCUGUCUGCUCUCAUCGGGCUGGCAGGUAAGCACACAAACGUCAGACAUUCUGAAACUCCGUCCACCAGUCGUGCUGAGGGACUUCAGCAGAAAUAACACGAUAAAUGAGCCAGCAGGGGCAAAGAGCUCAAUGACUUGAAGUGACACCAAAUAAAGAGCUGAUAAUCUGCCAAAUAAGGACAGAUGUUCCCGACUUCUCUCUGCGUCCAAGAGGAAGUGGUGACUGAUCAUGUGGUCUGAAAUGUCUUGACUGCUUGACAGAUGCACUUUCAUUCCUUCAUGAAGUCAGCCUUUGAAUGUGUGGCCUUCCCUGAUGUCCAACCAGCUGACACAAUCUGUUCUGAUGUCUUCUGUGUGUCCUUCAGGUGCUCAGCAGACAGUCACUGGUUCUGGACAGGUGGACAUCAGCACAUAUCCAUUUACAUUUUAUGGAGUGACGUACACACGACUUUAUGUGAACUUCAUGGCUGACAAGUUUACAGUGUGUUUCACCACCUUUUAUGACCCUCAAGUCAAACAGGACUGUAUUGUGUUGCCUCCACCCUCGAAAAGCAGUGCUGAAGUCGGUUCUUAUGGACCAAGUGAUCGACUUAAUAAUUAUCAUCGCUCACUUGUCCCAACUAUUAAGAACAAUCAUGAAGGCCAGAUUGAAUUUCACGACUUUACAGACACAGGAGCUAUGCUGAUUCUAGUUAACUUUGGGACACAAGCAACUCUGUAUUACUAUGAGAGUGGCACACCUAAUCCAUUUGUGAGUAUGCUUAACGAAAACAUAUCUAUACGUGUGUAUGCACAUAUGACGUAAUGCUGUAGAGGGUUUGAUCAACACUUGGAGGCUGUACAGUUGUGAGCCAGAGACAACAACUAUGUUUACAUUGUUGAAUUUUCAUUUUCAUUCAUUAGCCGUGUUGUCUCUGUCAGAGGAAUGUUGUCUUCCUGGAAUAUUUUUAAAUACAGUUUGAAGACGUCAUCAUGUUUCAUCAGAACAGACUCAGUUUUCCACAGAAUCAUUUCCAUGAUGUAAUCAUCACAUUUUACACAUGGGGUGUCCAUGUAAUCACAACAGAUUUGAAUGAUUUGUUGGAGUUACAUUUGAUCUGCUUUUAUCUUAAUAUUUCUGAAUUCAGUGUUCAUCGCGACAGUAACGUUGGUUGUGUGUGUUGCUGUCCAGGUGAUUACGACUCUGGUCAAUGGUGAGACAUUCGACACAUUCAACGUCAACACAAUUUACACUGAUGAUGAUUAUAUGGAGGAUGCGUUCGACAUCAGUGGAUGCAGACAGUCAGGUGUUGUAUAUAGAGCAGGUGAAGCUGUGAGCAUUGACCCAGAAACCUGCUCCUACUGCGAUGAGACUGUAGCCAUCCAAACUGCUACCUGUGGCCCCCUGGAGCGUUGUCAACAAAACGGAAUGUGUGCUCUGGACACCAUCUGCACCGUGACGGGCCCUACUGUCAUUGACUUUCACGAACAGCUCAACUCUGUCCAGGAUCGGUGCACGUACACUCUGAUGACGGAUUCCUCAGUGCCAGACUUACACAUCAUGGCAAACUUCCGUGAACACCGUCGUAAAGAUGUGAGCUUUGUGGACAGUGUGACACUGCUGAAAGGACAGACUCAAAUUGACCUGAAACAAGGUGGGAGAGCUCUGGUGAACACCACAACACUGACCCUCAGCAGCUCAGCUCAGACGGUUGAAGGUGUGGAGCUCUCUAAGGACCAAACUACAGUCACCGCCAAAGUGACAGCCUCGAACUUCACCAUUUCUGUCUUCUUUGAUGACCACACAGCACAUAUCACCUUAACUGGAUCCGAUGAACAAAUUGCAUCUCUGCAGGGUUUGUGUGCCAACUCCAGUUCUUUAAGUGAAGUGAAGCUCCCAGAGUUCAGCACCAACGGCUGUGAUGUGCAGUACAACGACACUGUGGACAGCACCAUCGACUGUGAAGACAUGACUGAACGCUGUGGUCUCCUGAAUGAGACGAUCUUCAGUUCCUGUCACAGCCACACCGACCCAACGCCCUACAUAACCGCCUGCGCCGACACUUUGUGCAGUUAUCCUGACGUGGACGGUCUCUACUGUCAGUUCAUGGAGGCCUACGCCAGAGCCUGCAGCCUGCGGAGCAACGACACACUGGACUGGAGGACAGAAACGGGCUGCUCCUCCCCUCAGGUCUUCUGUCAGGACAGGAUCUGCAGUGACCACGAGUUCUGUGCUCAGACAGUCAGCGGUGAACCCGCCUGCUUCUGUCGGGCCAUUUUUGCCUCCCCGUACAGAUCGACAGACUCUUAUGGUGAGCCAAUGGUCUGCGACCAGACCUCUGCUUCAGUUACUCUGGUCGGGUGUCUCCUGGAGGAAAAAGGCUUUGACUACACAGCAUUACAUCUCAAUGAUGAGACCUGCAGGGGUGAGACAGACGAGCUGACCCACAUGGUGACCUUCAGCUUCAACAGCAGCAACACCUGUGGGGCCGUGGUCACGAACGACUACAGCCAGAUGAUAUAUGAGAAUGCCAUUGUAGCGCAGAACAGCUCCUCCGACGUCAUCAUUCGCAACGACCAAGUUAACAUCGACUUCUCCUGCGUCUUUACUCAACCAGACAUCAACACUAUGUCCUUCAGAAUCAGAGAGAGCUCUGUAGUCCAGCAGAUCACAUCUGGAUCUUGGAAUUACAAUCUGACCAUGAAGGCCUACACCAACGCUGGCCUCACACAAGCUGUGGAGUCGGGCACUGAAGUCCAGUUGAACCAGAAGAUCUGGGUGGAGCUGGACACUGAGGGGCUGGAGGGCGGCUUUGUUUCCAUGGUGAUGGACUCCUGUUGGGCAACUGAUCAGGAAUCACCCAGUGCGAGUCCGAGAUACGACCUGAUCAUAGAUGGCUGUGCGAACCCUGCUGACCAGACGGUGGAGGUGGAGGGAAGUGGAAUGGUGGAGGGAAGUGGAAUGGGACCAUCAGCCUCCUUCUCCUUCAACAUGUUCCAGUUCACUGGGAGCUCGGGUGAGGUGUACCUGCACUGCCAAGUCCACCUGUGUGCCCACGACAUAGAGACCUGUACCCCGGUCUGUAAUGCGCAUGAUCGGAGACGCAGAUCUGCAAAGUUGGAAUAUGCAGAUGAAGCAUCAGCCUUCAUCACGAUGGCCUGGAUUCAUUAGGUUGUUAACACGCCGACUCGGACUGACUGACAGGCUGUGGACGUUCACAAGGAUUCCUGCCUUUGAUUGGUCCUGAUCCAGAGCCUUGAUGUGGGAAUCCUUUGGUUUUAGAAAGACAUCUUCUGAAGGGACACCUCAGCUCUCACUGCAGAUUUUCUGCCACUAGAGAAUAUAACUUGACCUUUUUUCCCUAAAGUAUGAAACACUUUAAAAACAUCAUAAAAAAUGAUAAGGUGAAGGGACGUGUGUGUAGGGUUAACUAGAGUAUAUGUGCUCUCAUACUAAUGACAAUAAUCAGAUGUGAUUCGGGGUUACUAAUGAUUAAUGGUGAUUAAGUGUGGCCUCCAUGUUGAAGUCAGUCAGAGGAAUAAGAUGAGUGUUUGGAGCAGUUCAGCUCUGGAGGACAGGCUCCAUGUGGAAGACACUUGUUAGAAAAGAGGCAGCCAUGUAGACGCCACAGUUGAACCUUUAAGAGAACCUUUAGCACAAUAAGGUUUAGAUGUCCAUUCUUCGUUCACACUGUACCAACGAUCUAAACACAGGUUUGAGUCUUUCUGUAACUGUCUUAUGUUAUUCUGUAAUUCUUAUAAUUUAUCAGUUCAGCCAAAAACUGUUGUUUCCCCCUGAGGUACAAGUUAUACUGCUUUUAACUUUAUGUUGCUGUUCAGGAGGAGGGAAAAAAAUCAAAACCAUGAGAAUGAAAACUGAAGCCACUUCUUGAUGACAUCAUUACAGUUUCUUUUUAUUCAACGGUCAUAUUUGCAAAUCUGCUGUUUAGGUAGAGUUGAACGCAGAAGGAAAACUACACCAAUAUGAACAUGAAUUAAACGCCAGAAAUUUACGGUGCUUUCUAACUGUCCACAUAGCGGUGCUAUAUGUACCAUGCGUCUGUGUGUUGAGACCUUCGUGAGAGGAAAUUGACAUUUUUAUAUAGAACGUGACAGAAUUUAAAAAAUAAAUAAAAAAAGACUUUAGUGUCUCAAAACACUGUCAAACAUAUUCAAACUCUGAAUACAGCAAAUAAACAAAAUAAACAGAUUAAAAUAUUCUA